AUGGCCUCCUUGCUGGCGAGUUUCGAAGCCAUGCCGAUGUGGCAGCUGGUGCUCGUGCUGACAGUGGGCACAAUCGUGCUGUCUAUUGUGCUGAACGUGCUGUACCAGGUGUGCGUACCGCAAAACAAGUCGCUGCCCCCGCGAGUGUUCCACUGGGUGCCGGUGGUGGGCUCGGCGGUGUCGUAUGGUAUGAACCCAUACCGCUUCUUCUUUGAGUGCCGCGAGAAGUACGGUGACGUGUUUACUUUCACACUGUUUGGCCGCAACAUGACUGUGGCCCUCGGUCCCAAGGGCUCGAACCUCGUGUUCAACGGCCGCCUGUCGCAAGUGUCGGCGGAAGAUGCGUACACGUCGCUCACGACGCCCGUGUUCGGCAAAGGCGUGGUCUACGACGUGCCGAAUGCUGUGCUCAUGGAGCAGAAGCGCUUUGUCAAGUCGGGCCUGUCGGUGGAAAACUUCCGUGUGUACGUGACGCAGAUCACCGACGAGGUCAAGGACUUUGUGCAGCAUGACGCGGCCUUUGCACCCCUGCAGAAGGGUGCCAAGUCCGUCACGGUUGACAUCUUCGAUGUAUUCAGCGAAAUUACGAUUUUGACAGCAAGCCGGACACUGCAAGGCAAGGAAGUGCGUGAGAAUCUCGACAAGUCCUUUGCCAAGCUGUACCACGACCUCGAUGCUGGCUUUACGCCGAUCAACUUUGUGCUGCCCAAUCUGCCACUACCGAACAACUUCCGUCGCGACCGUGCGCAGCGCAUGAUGAGUGAUUUCUACAUGGGCAUCAUCAAAAAACGUCGCGAAGGCAAGACGGACGGCACAGGCCACGACAUGAUCAGUGCUCUCAUGGAACAGUCGUACAAGGGCGGCCGCGACAUCAACGAUCGCGAGAUCGCGCAUAUGAUGAUUGCGCUGCUCAUGGCUGGUCAGCACACGUCGAGUGCGACCGGUAGCUGGGCCAUGUUGCGUCUCGCGAGUCGCCCGGAAAUCAUCGAGGAGCUGUACGAGGAGCAGGUGCGUGUGUACAGCGAUGGCGCUGGUGGCUUUGCGCCGCUUGACUAUGACACGCAGAAGUCGUCGGUGCCGGUGCUCGAUGCCGUGAUCCGUGAGACACUGCGUAUGCACCCGCCGAUCCACAGUCUGAUGCGCCGCGUCAAGUCGGAUAUGGUCGUGCCUCCGACGCUCGCGGCGCCCAAAACAGGCAAGGGCCAGAGCACGGACACAUACGUUAUCCCCAAGGGUCACUAUCUGGUGGCUGCGCCGGGUGUGUCGCAGAUUGACCCGCACGUGUGGUGUGACGCCGACAAGUUCGACCCGCAUCGCUGGCUGGGUGACAAGACGCUAAUGGACCAGACGGACGAUGCCCAGGAGGACUUUGGCUGGGGUCUCGUGAGCACCGGCGCCAACAGCGCGUACCUGCCAUUUGGCGCUGGCCGCCACCGCUGCAUUGGUGAGCAGUUUGCCUAUCUGCAGCUCGGCACCAUCAUUUCCAACUUUGUGCGCAUGUUCCACUGGCGCCUGGAAGACAAAUUGCCCGCACCCGACUACACAUCCAUGGUCGUGCUGCCGACGCAGCCCGCCAACAUUGUGUUUACGUCCCGUACGUAG